AUGUCUUCCUCCCGACAGCCAGUCUCCGGUUCUUGCAAUGCACCCGCGACGACGGGAAGCAAGCCAUUCAUGCUGGAUCCCACAAUCCUAGAGACACACGAGUUCAACUGCAGUCCCAUACACGCGCAUGAUGCACCAGCAACGACCAAACGGCAGGCUGGUGGCGUACCAUCGUUCAUUGCAGCCUUACCGAGCCAUCUUGAACCAGCCACCGUUGAAUUUCUUGCCAACAAGGGUGUGUUCGAAGCUCCGUCGAGGGCAGUCGUGAGACAGUGUUUCUCGGUAUAUUGGGACAACAUCCACCCAAUUUUCCCCGUCCUGCAUCCAGAGCGUAUGACGUUGACUUCAUCUCCUGCUGCCGUCUCGAAUAAUAAGCAGAACCCCCGUCCUGGCUUGUUGGAGGUAUAUGCUACCAUCAUGGCUGUUUGUCCCUUUGCGCCCGUGUCUCUUCUGCAGAAGCUUGGACACAAUAACGCCCAAGAUGCUCAGCAGCUUUACUAUGAGCGCGUCAGGCAUCUCCUACAUUGCGACGUCGAAUCUGAUCCCAUCAGCCGUUUACAGGCCCUCUUACUUAUGACGCAAAGCACCGAGGUAAGAGACGGUGCAAGAGAUUGCUGCUUCUGGUCCGGGACUGCCCUAGCCUAUGCCGAGUCCCUGGACCUCUUGAGAAUGAUGCUCGGAAAGAGAUUUACAGCUGUGCAGCGGGCUGUGACACUGCUAGAGGCUGCUAGCAAGAGUGCUGGCAACCCUCUACAAACACCUGGAAUCCCUCCACGAUAUCUCUUUCCCACUCACCUGGGGUCGCUUGGCUCAGGCAUUGAAGACGCAAACAAUUCGGGUCCCGUCAAGGCGAUAGGCGGCGAACAAUUCAGCCCCAACAAUUUUGAAUGGACUCGAGCCAGUGUUUCGACACCACCAGCGGUAACGGAAAGCCCAGUACGAAAGACCGCAGGCCAGGACAUCGAAGGGCUCUCAUCGGGGUAUUUCUUCGAACUCGAGGAGCGCUAUGACGAGCAACUCAACGCCGCCGCAGGUGACGCCGUAUUUGGAAGUUGGUCGUCCUCUUCGUCGUCUGACCCUUACAUUCAGCAGUGUCUCCAGCCGACCUUUCGAGAAUUUACCGCACCUGACGACAUCACAUCACCUUGGCUAGGGGAAUGGGAAGACAUUUUGCAGAGUUAG